GGGAAUCGGUCGAGACGGAGAUGCAUAAAUCUGAAGACCAAAGCAAGACCUUUGUUUACACAAAGAAGAGGGGGUAUGACGUUACACGAAACCCCCACCUGAACAAGGGCAUGGCGUUCUCCCUGGAGGAACGCCUUCAGCUGGGCAUCCACGGCCUGCUGCCCCCCUGCUUCCUGUCCCAGGACGUCCAGCUCCUCCGCGUGCUCCGCAACUUCGACAGGAAGAAGGACGACCUCGACAGGUAUGUGUUCCUGAUGGGGCUGCAGGACCGGAAUGAGAAGCUGUUCUACCGUGUGCUCACCUCCGACACAGAGAGGUUCAUGCCCAUCGUCUACACCCCCACGGUGGGUCUGGCCUGCCAGCAGUACGGCCUCGCCUUCAGGAGACCCAGGGGUCUCUUCAUUACCAUCCAUGACCGCCAUCACAUCUCCACCAUGCUGCAGAGCUGGCCCGAGCUAGACAUACGGGCGGUGUGUGUGACGGACGGGGAGCGUAUCCUGGGUCUGGGGGACCUGGGCUGCUAUGGCAUGGGCAUCCCUGUGGGCAAGCUGGCCCUCUACACCGCCUGCGGAGGCAUGCCACCCCAGCAGUGUCUGCCCGUCAUGCUGGACGUGGGCACAGACAACCAGGAACUGCUCAAGGACCCUCUGUAUAUCGGCCUGAGGCAGAAGAGGGUGAGGGGUGCAGCCUACGAUGAGCUGCUGGAUGAGUUCAUGAAGGCUGUCACGGACCGGUAUGGGAUGGACUGCCUCAUCCAGUUUGAGGACUUUGCUAACACCAACGCCUUCCGCCUGCUGACCAAGUAUCGCAACAAGUACUGCACCUUCAACGACGACAUCCAGGGUACGGCUGCCGUGGCGGUGGCCGGUCUCCUCGCUGCCCUCCGCAUCACCAAGAGCAAGAUGUCAGACCAUACCAUUGUGUUCCAGGGGGCGGGGGAGGCUGCAAUGGGGAUAGCUGACCUCAUCGCCAUGUCGAUGGAGAAGGAGGGGCUUCCGAUGGAGAAGUGUCUGAAGAAGAUCUGGAUGGUUGAUUCUAAGGGCCUCAUCGUCAAGGGCAGGGACCACCUGACCCAUGAGAAGGAGAAGUUUGCCCACGAGCACAAAGAGAUGAGGAGAUUGGAAGACGUGGUGAAGGAACUCAAGCCUACAGCCAUCAUAGGUGUGGCGGCCAUCGCUGGAGCCUUCACAGAGCAGAUCAUCAAGGACAUGGCCUCCUUUAACCAACGCCCAAUCAUCUUCGCUCUCAGCAAUCCCACCAGCAAGGCAGAGUGCACCGCCGAACAGUGCUACACUCUCACAGAGGGGCGGGGCAUUUUUGCCAGCGGGAGUCCGUUUGACCCCGUGACCUUGCCUGAUGGCAGGAAGUUCUACCCCGGCCAGGGCAACAACUCCUACGUGUUCCCUGGAGUCGGUCUGGGGGUCACAGCCUGCGCCAUAAGAACCAUAACAGACGAGGUCUUCCUCACCACUGCAGAGACUAUCGCAGAGCUUGUCACAGAGCAGGACCUGGCAGAAGGGAGACUGUACCCUCCUCUCAACACCAUCAGAGACGUUUCCCUGAAGCUGGCUGUCAAGAUUGUGGAGUAUGCCUAUGAGCACAACAUGGCGUCCCUGCAUCCCGAGCCCCAGGACAAGUUGGCGUUCGUGCGCUCGCUGGUCUACAGCACGGACUAUGACGAGUUUGCCGUGGACGCCUACCGCUGGCCCGAAGACUCCAUGACCGUCCAGGCCUGCAAACUGUGAUGUGGAGGGCAGAGAAGGGAGGGAACCGAUGAAAGAAGGACGGGCACAGGGUGCACAGGGACUCUUUAUCAACGGUGACACAGACAGACGGUGACACAGUGACAAACACCGACACAGACAUAUGCUAAAAGACGGCUUCUAAAGUUCAAAUACGGGAAGACAAUGUUGUUGUAAAAAAUCUUUAUGAAUGUUCUAGCUACGCACCAAGAGUACCAACAUGGUCAAAAUAAAGGCUGUCAAGUGAAGUAAAGUCAU